AUGAUGCGGUUAAUCCCGUUGGUCACGCUGAUAUCCAUUGUUUCAGUUGUAAAUGCGACACCUUGUACGUUUGUUACGCAGGGCCAACAAAUCACGUAUGGUAUCCGCGGCGAUACUGUUCAUUUCCGUGUGGUGCUGACCGGAAUCUCACCUUCCGUCACCGGAUGGACAGCUAUUGGCUUUGGAAAUAGCAUGGUAAAGAUUCAGCAAUUUGUCUCGUUUUUACAUUAUUAA